CAUUCACUUCCUGCGACGCAAGCUCCUUAAAAGCUAGGGCAUCGAGGAAGUCCGCACUGACUGUAAACACAGUGACGGUUCAUUGAACGCGCGUAGGUCAAGAGAAAUAAACAGAGAUUGAGCUAAAUAAGAGAAAUUACAGUUACCGGUAUUCGUGACCGUAAGAGGGAGGCGCGUCACAAGUUAGCUAAUGGUAGCUAAAAUAAACGGUAACCGAAAGUAUCUCUUAGCGGUGAUCUAGUCAUUGGCUAGAUUAGGUGCACGUAGUAGAAGCGUUAAACACCAAACACGGUGUUAGAAAAAAGAAAAAAAAGCUGACUUCCAAAGAGUCGUCGGGUGCCUCUUGUGUUGGUGUUAGAUAACAAUAAGUCCCUCAGCUAAGUGACGUUGAAGAGCAGUGAUGGACUUCCUUGCUGGGUGCCUGGGAGGUGCUGCUGGAGUCUUGGUUGGACACCCGUUUGACACGGUAAAGGUGAGACUGCAGGUCCAGAAUGUUGAUAAACCUCUAUAUCGUGGGACCUUUCACUGCUUCCAGUCCAUCGUACGACAGGAGUCGGCAUUUGGCUUAUAUAAAGGCAUUGGAUCCCCCAUGAUGGGCCUUACAUUCAUCAAUGCUAUAGUGUUCGGUGUUCAGGGUAAUACUAUGCGACUGCUGAGAGAAGACACCCCAACGAACCAGUUCCUUGCUGGUGCGGCAGCAGGUGCCAUUCAGUCUGUGAUCUGCUGCCCCAUGGAGCUGGCCAAAACCCGCAUGCAGAUGCAGGGUACAGGGGAGAAGAAGUCCUCUAGAAAGAUGUAUAAGAACUCCUUGGACUGUUUGUUACGCAUAUACAAUCAGGAGGGUCUGCGGGGUGUAAACAGAGGCAUGGUUACUACGCUUAUCCGUGAAACACCUGCCUUUGGGGUUUAUUUCCUCUCUUAUGAUGUGCUGACUCGCAGCCUUGGCUGUGAGCCAGAGGCCCGCUUUAUGAUCCCCAAACUGCUUUUUGCUGGGGGUAUGGCAGGCAUCGCCUCCUGGAUCUCCACCUAUCCUGUAGAUGUAAUCAAAUCGCGACUCCAAGCAGAUGGGGUGGGCGGAGUCAAACAGUACAGCAGUAUCGCUGACUGUAUCCGGCAGAGUGUCAGGCGAGAGGGCUACAUGGUGUUCACUCGAGGCCUCACUUCCACGCUGCUAAGAGCCUUCCCUGUGAAUGCUGCCACUUUUGCUACCGUCACUCUCUUUCUCAUGUACGCUCGAGGCGUGGAGGAAGCACCUAAAGACUGCGAGGCAGCUCAGACGAGCCACCACACACAGAUGCAGCAGCAGGAGGCCCAGCCCACCAGCCUGUGACAGCGCAGAGGUUUCCUCCUCAACCCAGGCACUUUAGAAGAAUGCAGAGGGACAAAAUGUAUCCAAGCUCUUUGUUACUGUCUGACUUUUUUUCCACAUCACAUCUACCAUUCCAUGUUUUGAACCCAAAAACAUUUUGUUUAUAUAAGCACUCAUUUUUUAUUUUUAAGGUAACAAAGGGGGGAAAAAAGUGGAAAAGAUAUUUAUUUUUUAGCAAUAUUUUAAGUUUAGCAUCUGCUUCUGUGGAUGCAGAAUAUUAAAGAGGUUGGCAUUCUACUAAAAAGUUUUUUUUUGGGGUGGGGUUGGAAGCUGACAGUUUCAUGACAGCUUUUAAGAAAUAACUUAUCCUUAGAAAUAUUUUGUGUAAAAGAAUCGUCAGGACUUGUUACUGAGCCAGAAAACUGAUGGCGUGGCUGGAUUGUGUGUAUGGUGUGGGCACUGGAAAAUUAUAUCUCUAUUUACAUAUAUCUUGAAAUUUGCAGUGUUUAACUGCAUUUGUACAUGCUACUGAAUCUUUUUUUUUUUUAAUGUAAAAGAAUUCCUCCUGCCUUAUAAUAUAGUUUUUAUUUGUGUAACGAAGCUAAAGCACACGUUUGUACCUGAACUAUAUCCUCUGAAGAGUUGAGUGAGCAAGACGGAACCAAUGUAGCAUGAGAUAAGUGUGCACAACUUAUCACAUUUAAACUGCAUUCAAACCAAAAGCCAUUGCAGCUCCAAUCUGAUCCACUGCAGGAUAGACCCCUGCGGCACAUGUCGGGCCCCCCCCCGCAGCACCCAUCCUGUCUGAAAAGCUCUUCAGGGAUCGAAUGAGAAAUGCCUGAUGGUGAUCAAGAUGGUGGAUGGCAUUUUGUUUCAUGUUUUUUAUGUUUGUGUGUGUGUUUUGUUCUCUCACUGUUCUAUUAAGGAGUCUAGUAUAGAACCCUACUAUUUUAUUUGACAUGUUUAUACAUUUCCUUUAUCGUCUUUUCAAAAUAGAUUUUAAAUCUAUACGUGAUACUUGAUGUCAGAAAUUCAUGUCAGGGGUACUUGAAAACAGUUCUCGGGCCAACAAAUAAGAGUUGCUUAAUUCUGUCCAUGUUAAACAUGUGAAUAUGUUACUAUGGGACUGUUGUUAUUUUCUGAGAGCUACUCUAGGUGAUUUAUUGCAGUUGCUUUUU